CUAAAAAGGAAUUUUAUAGCGAAAACUGAAAAGGGUGAACUGUUACAAAUCGCAGCUUUUUAACGUUUGCUUGGACCACUCCGUUAAACCAUCUCUUUCUUCCACAGUCCGAUAUUCUCUCUCCCUACUUUCCCUCUCUCAAAUCCUUCCUAUAAAUUUACAGCCGUUUUAUACAUACCCAUCAUCAUUGUGUUGUGACCCACCAUACAAUUGCCCCGAUUUGAACGUUAUGGAUUUGAAUCACUAAGACCCAAGUUUGUUCCUUUUCCAAAUCUAUCCUUUGGAACAAAUUAGACUUAACAGCUUUUAAGAUAUUUGGAACAGAGAGGAUUCAUGGAUUCUCAGGUCUUGGUUGCACUUGCUCUCUCACUCGUUGGUGGCUUGAGUACAUCCAUAGGUGCACUUUUUGUGGUUCUUAAUCAAGCUCCUAAUUUGAAGAUGCUUGGGCUUCUACAGGGUUUUGCUGCAGGUCUUAUGCUGAGCAUAUCUUUCUUUGAUUUGGCGCAUAAUGCUAUUAACGCCGUUGGGUUCUUGAAAGGGAACUUGUGGUUCUUUGCAGGGGUCAUUUUCUUUGCUAUUGUUGCCAAUUUCAUCCCAGAACCGACUCUUGCUCCCAUUCCAGAUGGAAAAAGUAAAAAGAAGAAUGGGGAUGAAGGGGGCAAGGACAUCAUGAAAAAGCAUCGCCGCCAAGUGCUAUUUAGUGGAAUCAUCACAGCAAUAGGCAUAAGCUUGCACAAUUUUCCAGAAGGAAUGGCUGUGUUUCUUGGAUCUAUGAAGGGUCUUCGAGUUGGUGUGAACUUGGCCCUGGCUAUUGCUUUGCACAACAUCCCAGAGGGUGUUGCUGUUGCACUUCCUGUUUAUUUUGCAACACAGAGUAAAUGGACGGCGUUCAAACUGGCAACACUUUCUGGACUGGCUGAACCCCUGGGAGUAAUUCUUGUGGCUUAUCUAUUCCCAAGCAGCUUAAGUCCUGAAAUUCUCGAGGGCCUGCUUGGAUCAGUUGGUGGAGUGAUGGCUUUCCUAACCUUACAUGAAAUGUUGCCAUUGGCAUUUGACUAUGCGGGGCAGAAACAAGCUAUAAAGGCUGUGUUUUGUGGAAUGGCUUUCAUGUCUGCAAGCCUAUAUUUUCUUCAAAUCAGCUUACCUGAGGAUAUGAGCUUGUAGCUGUGGGCGCACUUGUACCCAUUCAAAAAUGUUGUAGAUUCCAGGUUCAAAUGACAACAGGUUCCCACAUUUGUUCCUCAAUAGGCGUUGACAACAGGUUCCCAAAUGACUUUCGGCUCCCAUUAAACUUGUCAAUGUGUUCAUAACAAAGAUGUGCUGCUACUUGAACUUUAAAAUAAAACUUGUAAAAAAAAACCUUCUGUGUUUUCAAUUUUUACUUUCAUUUUUUGUUUUGUCUAUGGUUUAUCUAUAAAGCGAAUCAUAUCAGAGGGACAAAUGACAAGAGAUCUUUUGAGGAAUUAAUGGUGAUACAGUCUUCCCUAACGAUUAGGGUUUUAUGACUC